AGUCAUCUACUCGAAACUGGAAGUUAAUAAAUAUACUGUCAACUUUGAGCUUGCAUAUGGGGUGGUCGAAAAAAUCACAUGCUCGAAGCGUGUGAAUCUCAGUUAAAACGUGACCCUUCACCACCCGAUGACUCUCAGGAGGUCAAAUGUGGCUGACGCUCAUGUGGAUUUCCAUUCGUUUUCAUCAGACACAGUGACAGAGAUCCUCGACUGAACCGAGAACAACAGGGACACUUGGCUAAGUCAUGGAGAGCAUCACGGAGAGCUCAGCUGUUUCCUCUUGGGGUGAAUGUUUUGUAUUAAAGCGGAUCCGCAUGUUGAUCCCCGUUGGUUUCAAGACAGAAAUAAAAGCGCUGUCUAAACUGGCCGGACCAGUGAUUUUGGCCCAGCUCAUGGUUUUUUCAGUGAGUUUUGUCAGUACCAUUUUCUGUGGUCAUCUGGGGAGGACGGAGCUGGCAGGAGUGUCUUUGGCCAUAGCGGUUAUUAAUGUCACGGGUAUAUCUAUCGGCUCAGGUUUGUCAUCAGCGUGUGAUACUCUCAUUUCUCAGACCUUUGGGAGCGGUAACCUCCUGAGAGUUGGGGUCAUUCUGCAGCGGGCCAUCCUCAUUUUGAUUCUGGCAUGUUUCCCCUGCUGGGCCAUCCUCAUCAACACAGAGCCCAUUCUGUUGGCUGUCAAACAGGACCCAGAGGUGGCUAGGUUGGCUCAGAUGUAUGUGAAGAUAUUUAUGCCAGCACUUCCUGCUACAUUUAUGUAUUCAUUACAAACAAGAUAUCUGCAAAACCAGGGCAUCAUAUGGCCUCAGGUGAUCACAGGCUUUGUGGUCAAUCUUCUCAAUGCCCUCUUCAACUAUAUUGUUCUCUACGCAUUAAAUCUGGGAGUAGCUGGGUCUGCUGUCGCCAACACAAUUUCUCAGUUCUCCAUGUCUGGAAUUCUGUACGCUUAUAUCAAGUGGCGAGGUCUUCAUAAGGCUACCUGGGGAGGCUGGUCUAAAGAGUGCCUGCAGGACUGGACCUCAUUCAUCCACUUGGCCAUCCCCAGCAUGGCCAUGUUGUGCGUUGAGUGGUGGACGUAUGAGAUUGGAAGUUUCCUGGCAGGUCUAAUAAGUGAGGUGGAACUUGGCGCUCAGUCGGUUGUAUACCAACUGGCAAACGUUGCAUACAUAUUCCCUAUGGGUUUUAGUGUAGCAGGCAGUGUGAGAGUUGGGAAUUCUUUGGGAGCUGGAGAAACAGAGCAGGCCAAGCUGUCUGCUAAAAUGACAAUGUUCUGCGCAGGGUCUGUGUCUGUAUGUCUGUCAAUUCUCAUUGGGAGUCUGAAGGACCACAUCUCUUAUGUUUUUACAUAUGAUGAACAAAUCAGGGAAAGGGUUGCUGAUAUUAUAUCUUUCUAUGCUCCAUUUGUCCUCCUAGAUGCAACAUCAGCUGCCUCAAGUGGCAUUAUACGAGGAGCCGGUAAACAGAGAGUUGGGGCUAUUUGCAACAUUGUUGGAUAUUAUGGUGUUGGUUUCCCUAUCGGAGUGCCACUGAUGUUUGUAGCCAAACUAGGAAUCAAGGGUCUGUGGACAGGCUUGUUUACCUGUGUGUUUCUGCAAUGCUCAGUUCUGAUUUUCUACCUGGUAAGAAUGAACUGGAGUAAAGCCACAGUCGAGGCUCAAAUCAGAGCGGGAGUGCAUGGGACCUCCACAGACACAAGUAACUCACAGGGCCAAAUGGUCACCAUGGACCUGGUUGAAGCGGAGGAGAGACCAAUACUGACGGAGGAGCUGUCUUACAGGACUCUGGUUCUGCGUAGGGGGUUUGCUGUGGCUGUCAUGCUAUUCAUCCUGGCUGCUGGAAUCAUCACGAACUUACUGCUCACUAACUGGUUGGUUACAUGAACACGAGCAACGUCUAUUGUAUUGAGUGGAGUAAUUCGGUAGCUGCCAGUGUUCAGUAUGAUGCAGACAUUUGCACUGCAGGAUGUCAAAGCAGGACGGUGGAAAGACACAAGUGACGAUGAGCAGAAAGCAAAGAGAACACAGGAAGCUAUGGGACUGCAUAGUCAAAGAAUUCAUCUCUGAGUACUACUUUUAAACCACAAGAUUUUCCAGUAAAUUUGCUGGUGAUCAGUUCACAACCACUUUUGAGAACAAUGAGAAUUUGACAACUUCUGUAUUUAUAAUAUUAAACAGAAAUAUUGUGGGUGUCUUGGG